UCCGUCCAAUACUCGGGAUCGCCGGCAGUGACACUGAACUUGGCGCAAACCGCACUUGCUCAACAGCCCGCCAGAUGAGCUUCAGCCCGCGCCUAACAAUGGUUUGCUCCGCAUUUUUCCUGCUCCUCUGGAAUAUCUUAGAGAUCGCGCAAGGACAAGUUGACACCUCCUUGUACGACCCUGGGUUUGAUUACCAGAAUAGCCCGAUCAAUGAAGACGACGACUCCCUCAUGAAGGAGUACUUACCAGUCCAGUCUCCACAAGAACAACGAUUCUUGAAUGGCCUGAUCAUAGAAGCUGGUAGACACGUUCUUUUUCCUCAACUCUACCUCCCCAAAGAAGCUGAGCAGUCGGUAACCGAUAAGAAACCUUCCUAUUAUGAGAUUAAAGGCCAACCCGAAGUUGUGGAAACGUACAUGGAUCGCAAAACUCGUGGUGGAAGAUUGGACUGUCCUGAGGAAUGUCCAGUUUACAAGCCUGUAUGCGGUAAUGAUGGCAAAGUUUAUCAAAGUGAAUGCCACCUCAUGCGAGAAAAUUGUGGAGUCGCCAAUGUUAGUACUGGUACAUGGGACAAAUGCCGAGGGAAGCACUACUUGUGUCCUGCAAGAUGCUUGGAUAUUAGCGACCCUGUUUGCGGAUCGGAUGGAAGAAUCUACCACAAUAUUUGUGUACUCAGAAAAAGAAAUUGUGGGAAACUCAUACAAGCCAUGCCUGUCCGGAAGUGCUACGAUAGAGUUAGGCAAGCAAAAACGACGGAAGAAUGUCCAGAUUCUUGUUUAGAAAUCUAUAAACCCGUUUGUGGAAGCAAUGGAGUAAUAUAUUACAAUGAAUGUUUUAUGAAGAUGAGGACGUGUAGGGAAGGCAUCGUUUCAGUCGAAAUGGACAGCUGCGUUCGAGUUCCUAAGUGCCCAGAAGUCUGCCUCCCCAUAUACGAUCCGGUUUGCGGUUCGGAUGCGAAACUAUACAUCAAUCAAUGCAGAAUGAUGCAGCAGAACUGCGGGCAAGAUGUCAAAAACAUGCCAAGAAGCUUCUGUGAUGGCUCUAGGACUUAAAGAUCUAAAACUGAGUACAUAAUUUUCCACUGAAAAAAUCAUCUCCGAAAUGCGGAAAAAACUUUUUAAAUUCAUAUUUACUGAGUUAUCUAUUUUCAAACGCUUAUAAAAAUUUACUUUUCAUUGAAAGAUGUCUCUUUGGAAACUAGUAACUUUUCAAGAUUUUUAGUGCCAGUAGUAUGAAUUCCUAUUUGUGUGCUUUUGUGUUUUUCUAAUUUGUCAUGUACGUUUCAGCAUUUGAAUGUAAUCAUGAGUGUUUCAUAUGGUUUAAUGUAUAAAUCUAGUCAAAAGAACUGUGGGUUUCUGCGGAAAUACUUCUAAUUAUCGUUGGAAGUGCCUUAAUGUAUUUUCUUGACCAUGAGCCGAUUCGUAUGCAUUAGUGUUUUAAGUAUACUGUAACUGUGA